AUGACUCCAAAGUAUUUAUGGCUGGUGGCCCUUGUGGCUCUAUACAUUCUGCCCAUCCAAUCUCUGAACUGUGUUUACCUGGAUGAUACCAUCUUGGAAAAUGUGAAACUUCUGGGCAGAACCAUGACCGGCUUUCCCUUAAGAUGUCUUAAAGAUAUCACAGAUUUUAAGUUUCCUAAAGAGAUUUUGCCAUACAUCCAGCAUAUGAAAAAGGAGAUAAACGCCGUCUCCUAUCGUAUAUCCACUCUGGCACUAACUAUCUUCAAUCUUAAAGGCUCCAUCCCUCCGGUGACAGAGGAACACUGGGAACGCAUCAGAUCGGGACUUUUUGACCAAGUGCGGCAAGCUCACGAGUGCUUCAUGGACGAGGAGAAAGAGAACAGGGAACAUCCUCACUCCGAGGACUUCCUGACAGUCUACCUGGAGUUGGGCAAGUAUUUCUUCAGAAUCAAAAAGUUCCUGAUAAAUAAGAAAUACAGUUUCUGUGCGUGGAAGAUUGUCACAGUGGAAAUAAGAAGAUGUUUCAUUAUAUUUUCCAAGUCCAGAAAACUACUCAAAAUGACAUCAGGAAAAAUUGGCAAAGGCAACAUCUACAAGCCUGGCAAGAGGCACAGGUCCCAACAGGUAUAUACCAUCAAACCUCCUCUAGUCGACCCUCGGGUGACAGUUCCGGUCGCUGCGGGCUUUGGAAGGUGA